UCUUGGGUCGAUUCGUCAUCUUUCCUUAACUAUCCGGCUUUCCAAUGACGGUCCUUAAUCUUUAAUAUUAUAAUAUCUAGACCAGAGAGUCUGGUACUCUUGGCCCGUGAAUCGCCAGGAGCAAACUGCAUCGACGCACCCGAUUGUCCUUGUAACGCCUUGCUUACUUCUUUAGCAAGCUUCUUUGUUCGAACCGGCUUUACGUUGCUUAGUCCAGAUGUGUGCGCGGGCUUAGUUUACUAUCAAUUGCCUAUAUAGCGACCAACCUGGCGAGGAACCCGAGACGUCAGGUAUUUCUAACGGGGGGAGUAGGUUGUGUUGGGAUCACGCUGCGGAACUUUUCAAUAUGCAUCGGAGCUUAACGUUGAUCCAGCUCUUGUUAUGGGUUACCGGGAUCCAUGCUUUCUUCCAGAUUCCCAGGACCGGCUUAGACGAACGAGGCCAUGGAGACGAAGCGAAACUUAACAAGCCAAACCCUCAGCUUGGAUUUGUGACAUUCAAAUUGGUCCCGAAGCAAGCUAGUGCUAAAGAGGUUCUCACGGACAAGAUCACAAGAGUCGUUCAUAGUCUAGCCUCCAAGUAUGGAUCCAAAGUACCGACGCGGUCUACUUCCUACGAAGAUGCAGCCCUGCUCAACCGAGACAACGACUACAACGUAGUCAGUGCUGUCAAACCUACUGCUAGCAACGCCGUGGGUAUCGACCAAGAUGGAACCGACUACUCGUACUUCAUCGAAGCCAACUUUGGCUCUGAAGGGAAAUCAAUGUACAUGCUUGUGGAUACCGGAGCUAGUACGACCUGGGUCAUGGGCUCGGGUUGCACAUCUAGUGCUUGCACAAAGCACAACACCUUCGGGCCCAACGAUUCGAAAACGUACAAUGAUACCGGAAGCAACUACUCUGUCGAAUACGGCUCCGGUGAAGUAAGCGGUCAUGUUAUCUCGGACUCCAUCUCCAUCGCCGGACUAAAGGUGACGAUGCCAUUCGGAGUUGCCAAUGUCACCUCAGAUCAGUUUUCUCAGUUCCCCUUCGAGGGCAUUUUAGGAUUAUCUAUGGUAUCAAACACAUGGCUUGCCUACGUCAGGGACGCCAAGUUGAUCCAAUCCAACGUCUUUGGGAUUGCGUUAGCCAGGAACAGCGACGGUACCAAUGAUGGAGAAAUAGCUUUUGGUGCUCCAAAUAAGGCAAAAUAUACGGGUGACAUUUCAUACACGCCUAUCCAAUCCGGAAACAGUUGGGCUAUUCCUAUGGACGACGUGUUAUAUGAUGGCAAUUCGGCCAACGUAAAGGGUCGACAAGCGUAUAUUGACACUGGCACGACCUUUGUUUUUGGACCCCCUGACGAUGUUAAGGCUCUGUAUGCCUUGGUGCCCGGCUCUCAGACCACUGACAAGGGCCAAACAUGGACUGUUCCAUGCAACAGUAAUGCCUCUGUCUCCUUCAGCUUUUCGGGACAGACCUAUAUGGCCUCGGCUAAAGACUUUACGUCUGCUCCGAAUAGCGACGGUACUUGCCUCGGCAACGUGUACGGCAUGGAGUUUGUGCCUGGGGCUUGGCUACUUGGGGAUAUGUUUCUGAAGAACGUCUACAGCGUAUUUGAUGUGGAUCAGAAACGAAUUGGAUUCGCCGCUAGAGCAGCUUCCAGCAGCAGUACUAGUAGCCCCAGCGUAACAACAAUAGUAUCUUCGGACGGUUCGACGACCAUUAGCACGACAACCCCGACGGCUACGUCAAGCGAUGCUGGUGUUGGCCUUGUUCCCCACGAGACGACGACAGGCACAGAUAGUACAACUGGAACGGCAGCGAGCAGCUCUCCUAGCACGGAAUCUUCAGGCCAGAGAUUACGUGGAUCAGACGCAUACGCCUUAAUCUCCAUUAUCUCGAUGAUCGCUAUGAUUAUUUGAUCGGAUAUAACUGGAGGAUUUUCAGACA